AUGACCAGCCCUUCUCACCCACAAAGCAGGAGACCCCGCGUGGCUGUCACUCUCGGAGACCCAGCAGGAAUAGGACCAGAGAUCGUUGCCAAACUUCUCAGCGACCCCAAAAACACACAAAACGCAGACAUCUUCCUCUUGGCCGACCAGACUGAGCUUGACAGUGCGAUACAGGCUGCUGGGAAUGUCGAAGUGCCAAUAUCUCACAAGGCCGGUUCAGAUAGCAUACGGCUCCUGGACGACAGGAGCUCAUCGUCCUUUGGCACUAUACCGGCCCAAGAGGCCAGCCAGCCGGCCGGCCAAAGGACAAUGCACCAGCUCAGGCGCGCCGUUGAGCUGGCUCGAAACGGCCAUGUGGACGCCAUCGUGUUCGCUCCUUUGAACAAGUCCUCGCUAAAGGCGGCUGGGAUGCACGAAGAAGACGAGCUCCGCUGGUUUGCGAAACAGCUGUCGUUCACCGGAACCACGAGCGAGAUCAACAUCUGUGGCGACCUCUGGACGGCGCGUGUGACCAGCCAUGUUGGCAUCGAAAAGGUGGCUGGCUUGGUCACGAAGGAGUCGACUUUGAAAGCUAUCGAGCUCCUUCACAGAUUGCGCUGGGAAUCCGGCAUCGAAAAGCCUCGUCUUGCAGUUUGCGCACUGAAUCCGCACAACGGGGAGUGUGGCAACUUCGGGCGCCAUGAAAUCGAUCACAUAAAACCAGCGGUGGAGGCCGCACAGGAACAAGGGAUCGCGGUUGAUGGGCCUUUCCCCUGCGACACCAUCUUUCUGAAGCGGGACAAAUAUGACGGGAUUGUUACCAUGUACCACGAUCAAGGGCAGAUCGCCAUGAAGCUGUUAGGCUUUGACGGCGGGGUCACUGUUCAGGGUGGACUGCCAGUGGUAAUCGCCACGCCGGCGCAUGGAACUGCUUUUGAUAUUGUGGGCAAGAACAUCGCGAGUCCCAUCAGUACUCAGAACGCAUUUGAUGUUGCGGUCACCAUGGCUUCGAGGAGAUUACAUCGUGAGCCUGAGGCUGGAAGGACAAUGGGAAGCGCAGUGCCGUCGCUGGAUCAUCGUCUGGGUGGGGAUUCCCAAGAUGUUAGUGAAAAGGGACUUGGGCAUGUUUCUAUCAAGGAUCGAAUACCGGCGUUUGGAUAG